AUGAGUGAAUAUUAUCGAGAACAACAUCCGUUACUAUGUGAAGAGGGAUCGGAGGAGGAACUUUAUAGUCCUAGAUAUUACCGUCGAGUCCAUCCAACGGCGUUCAGAGGACGCGCUAGGAUUAACCAUAAAGGGGCGGCGGCAAUCUUCACACGUUGGCCAGAUCACUGGUCGUCUUUUCUUACUUAUUGGUGGAUAGCAAUCGGAAUGAUCAGUUUAACGAUAUUUGUCAUUUAUAACAGUUUAUUUGCAUUUUCUAUGCUGUCGUCUGUCGACACAAAGCCUGCUUACUCCAUAGUAACUGAUGAAAAUAAGAACACUUCUCUAAAAAUAUCUACUCUACCUGAUGUUUACUUACAUGUAUUUGUUAGUCAACGUGAAGAUAUAGAUUUAAAUCAGUACAUGCCAUAUGUUAACGUAAUAGCAAGAACGUUUGUGGAUUUUAAAUUUAAUUUUAUAAUAGUUAUUAAUGAUACUAAUGUAGGCUGGUUGAGUGCUGAGGAAAAUAAUGAACUAGCUUUAAAUAUGUUGUGGACAAGAGAUAAAAAUGUUAAUCAACAGAAAACUAGUAAUCAUAAUAUAAACAUUGAGUAUAUGUCACUUUCUAGUUUCAUGGAUAAUUCUCCACUUAGAAAGGUCUGGAGGAUAUUACCACAUCAACUGAUUGAGUUUCUAGCCCGCACAGUUUCAAUUUGGGAUAAGGGGGGUGUGGCCUUUAAUCCUGAUAUUUUAACUCCAAGAUUUCAACACACUCUCUAUAUUGAAAAGUUGCAGACACUUCUGAAUAAAUAUGGACAUACAAGUAAUGUAAUUAAAGAUUUUAAACUUACACAUAAAUUAACUAAGACCUCUAAGAACUUAAAGAAAAUGAAUAAUAUUCAAGAUAUUAUUAAUGGUCUAGAAAAGGAAGAUUUGUCGGUUAAUGCCUACUCGCAACAAAGUCUUUCUGAAGCCGAGGACAGAGAAAUACAAUCCAUAAGACAUGAACGCCAUGUCCCUAUCACAGCAGAUACUAAAUCUAAAAAAAAUAUCACUUCAAAUACAGAGCGAACAAACAGCAUGAUUCUGAAAACAAGUAAUAAUACGAAUGGCAUUUUUAACCAAUCAACGCACAAUGGGUCUUUGGAAGCUAAUAAUAAAAGCAGUAAAAUAGGUUUAUUACCCUUAUUAUUUUUAGAAUUUUUAUUUCACAAUAAAGGGUUAAAAUCGAAGUCAGAAAUAACCAAAACUAAUAAUAGAACACGUAAAAGUAUUAUCAUUACCACUGAUUCAGAUAAAGAUAGUACUUUAUCGAGGGAUGUCUUAGGAGAAACUGAAAAACCAAUUGAUCAUAAUUUUAAACCAGUAAUUGUUAUAGCUCCAACUACUUUUAACAAGUCAGAAUUAUACAAUGUUACUAAUAUACCACAAAGAAAAGAAACAGAACAGAAUCUAGAAGUAAAUAGUCUUACAAUUGAUUUAAAGGGUAAUAUUAUAGCUACUGAUACAUCUUGCCAUGCCUUUUUGGGAACAAUUUAUAGUAAUGUAGUCCAUCACAAUCUAGAAGAAACUAUAACUGAUUUUAUAAUUGCUGAACUGACAAUUUUUUGUAAGGGGCUUUUAUCCUCCUGUAUGGGUAUCGAUUUGAUUUUAUUAUAA